CUUCCUCUUCCUUCCUCCUCCUCCCUCCUCUCCGUAAAAUCGAAGCUCACGGCGGCUACGAUUACAUCAUCGGAGAGGUGGUUGGUGGUGGUGGUUCUUAUUCAACCUCCAUUUCCGGGAAGAGAAGCUUUAAUUUCAUCGGAAGAAGAAGAAGAAGAAUCUGAAUUUUACAAUUUUUGAGCUUCCCCAUGGAUUUGUCGCUUUUGUUGCUUAUUCAUUUACAGUAACAAAGCUGAGAAAUUUCUGGGGGAGCUGAUAAAUUCAGGAGUGUGUUAGCAAUGUCGUUUAAGAAUAUAGUAAGAGAGUUUAGGGUGAAGAAGAACAAUAAGUAUAAAGGUAUUGGUAGAAGAGGGAAGAGGUCACAUAUUGCACCUGAAGGAUCAUCUCUGUCUUCUUCUUCUUCUGUGACUAAUGAUGGUUUGAGUCAGAGCAUUUGGGUUGAUUUGCCUCAGGAGUUGCUUCUUGAUAUUAUUCAUCGGAUUGAGUCUGGACAGACUCUUUGGCCUGCGAGGAAAGAUGUCGUUGCUUGUGCUUCGGUUUGUAGGUCGUGGAGGGAGAUGACUAGAGAAGUUGUUAAGGUUCCUGAGGUUUCUGGUUUGUUGACGUUUCCUGUUUCUUUAAAGCAGCCUGGUCCUAGAGAUGCUCCAAUUCAAUGCUUUAUUAAACGGGAGAGAGCUACUGGGAUAUUCCGUCUCUAUCUCGGUUUAAGCCCUGCUCUUUCUGGUGACAAGAGUAAGCUGUUGUUAUCCGCAAAGAGAGUCAGGAGGGCGACGGGUGCAGAGUUUGUUGUAUCCUUGUCUGGGAAUGACUUCUCAAGAAGUAGCAGUAAUUACAUAGGAAAACUGAGAUCCAAUUUCCUGGGAACCAAGUUCACAGUCUACGAAAACCAACCUCCUCCGUUUAAUCGAAAACUCCCACCAUCAAUGCAAGUUUCUCCAUGGGUGUCAUCAACAUCUAGUAAUUACAACAUAGCUUCCAUCUUGUACGAGCUGAAUGUCCUGAGAACUAGAGGUCCAAGAAGAAUGCAAUGUAUCAUGCACAGUAUCCCAAUUUCAGCAAUUCAAGAAGGCGGCAAAAUCCAAUAUCCUACCGAGUUCACAAACCAAGGAAAGAAGAAGAAGAAGAAGCCGCUGAUGGAUUUUUGCUCAGGGAACCUAGAAGGAGAAUCCGUCGUUAAAGAACCAUUAGUCCUGAAAAACAAAUCUCCGAGAUGGCACGAACAGCUCCAGUGCUGGUGUCUCAAUUUCAAAGGUCGAGUCACAGUUGCCUCGGUGAAAAACUUCCAGCUAGUGGCAGCUGCUGCAGAAGCAGGGAAGAACAUGAACAUCCCAGAAGAAGAACAAGAGAGAGUGAUAUUACAAUUUGGAAAGAUAGGCAAAGACAUUUUCACUAUGGAUUAUCGUUACCCGAUCUCUGCUUUUCAAGCUUUUGCCAUUUGUUUAAGCAGCUUCGACACGAAGCCUGUCUGCGAAUGAAUCAAACAUAUCAAAAAUAUCAAUCAUAUAUUCUUC